AUGGAGAUUUAUCCUAAUUUUAACAUUGUUUUGUGGAACCAGCUCCACAUUUCACAGAGUGGUGCUGACGGAUUUCCACAGUCAUCUGCAAAGGAACCCGGAUAUCUUCAUGGCUUUCUUUCUUCUUCAAUUUAUUUUCAAGCUAUCAAAGCACGCCUUUGGCCAAAGCCGAAAGAGAGCAAAAAACCCAAAGACGAGGCUCGAGUGGCGGACAGUAUAGCCAAGAAGCCGCCGGCCCCUGCGGCCAUAAGUGCCAUCCCACAGCUGACCGAAGCCGAGAGGAUGAGGCAGUCCCCGUUUGAGAGGGUCGUCUACGACAUGGCCCACAACGAGAGGACCGUCAACGACCUGAUGCUCGGUCGGAGAGUUGGCUUCUACGAGCUGCACGGAGAGAUCGGUCAGGGAAACUUCUCCACUGUCAAGUUGGGCAUCCACGCCUUGACGAAAGAGAGAGUCGCUAUCAAAAUCAUGGAUAAGCCGCGUCUGGGCGAGAGCAUCCAUCCGUUGAGCUCCUCAGAGAUCAGCUCCAUGGAGAAGCUGUGCCACCCCAACGUAGUGCGGCUGUACGAGGUGAUGGAGACCAGCCAGAAGCUGUAUCUGGUGAUGGAGUACGGCAGCAGCGGAGACCUGUUCUCCCGAAUCACCACCAGGGGGAAGCUUAACGAACAGGAAACCAAGCUGGUCUUCGCACAAGUCCUCUCUGCUGUUAAACACAUGCACGACAACAACAUUGUCCACAGAGACCUUAAGGCGGAGAACAUCUUCUACACCACCAGCUGCUGCAUCAAGGUCGGAGACUUCGGCUUCAGCAAAGAGAACGGCCCUGAUGACCUCCUCACCAACUUCUGUGGCUCGCCACCGUACGCUGCUCCUGAACUGUUUCAGGAUAAAGGUUACGUCGGAUGCUAUUCAGACACCUGGGCCUUAGGGAUUCUUUUGUACUUCAUGGUGACGGGCACUUUGCCCUUUCAUGGGGACAAACUUGGGAACUUGAAGCGCUGCAUCCUUCAGGGAGCCUACAGUAUCCCUGCGUACGUGCCCUACCCAUGCCAGUUGGCGAUUAAGGGCAUGCUGCGGCCUGUGCCCGUCGACCGCUCGUCUGUCACACAGAUUGCGAACAGUGACUGGCUGAAGGGGAUCGAGUACCCUCCUCCGUAUGUCUUGUUGCCCCUGUCCCCGGCACACUUUGCCCACAACAACCAGGCUCUGUGUGUGGAGGAGCAGGAGGUGAAGACGUUGCUGUCUGAUCUGGGUAUUUCCAAAGUCCAUUUCCAAAACAAUCCCUGCUUAGACGGUCGGAGCACAUUGACUGGGACCUACCGGAUCCUUCUCCAUCGGGUCCAGAAGAGGAGGACAGUGGAGGCAGUGGGUUAUUCAGCGCUUCACCCUGAUGAGUACGGGAGUCCGAAGAAGUGGACUGUAGAAGCUUUGGACAAACACAAUCCCUCGGCGGUCUGUGUUGUACAGUAAAGAGAAUGAACUGGACUGGACUUGCUUUAGUCGGGGCUCUUCAUCACAAACACGUGUGUCUGUGUGUUCGCGUCACUCAAUGCAGGCUCCCUUAUUACUUUGUGAGGCGUCAUGUUGCGAAAUACUCAAGUUCUGCAAUGCUGGACCAAAAAUGCUUCAAACUCAUUCUAAGUGAACUUUUAGUGUAUUCACACCAGAAAACAGACAACAUGCAUAGAGAUGCUUGACUUCCCACAAUGCAUUGCAGAAAAGAAGAUGGAGGAGCUUCUCACAGAGGACAUUCAAAGUAAUGGAAGGUAAACGGUGGUAAAACAGCUGCAAAAUACCUCAGAAAACCAUCGACAUCUUUGUAAGAACAUUGCUGCCGUUUGUUUACGCAGUUUAAUAAGCAGAAUCUUCAACGUUGCAGUUUGACAGAAGUGUCUCAGUACAUUAGGACAAAAAGUUGAUUUUGUUGUAUAUUAACUGCAAAAAACAGCACUAUGAACAGAACAUACACACUGACACAGCGUAAGUGUUUUUGCAUGUGUCGCUUCUUAUUGAUGGUAUAAAGUCGAGGAAACAUGAAGCAUAGACGGAGAGCUGAGUGGUGACAUGCAGCAAAGCCUCCCAGCUGGAUUUGCUCCGGGGACAUCGUGUUCAUGUCUUUGCCUCUAAGCCGCGAUGAUGCCCCUAAAUUGAGGAUGACGUUUUAGGACAUUUCCCAAUUCAUGCUUCUCGGACUGACACAUGCACGGUGUCUUGGCUGAGUAGGGAAACAUUUACAAGACUUUACCACAAACCAAGUUUCCUUCAAUGUCUGGAGAAGACUGGAUUACCAACUGGGAACCAAAGAUCCAGGUUGUUGUGCUCACAUGGUUAAUUUCCCGAAACAAAGCUGUUCCUUCAACAAAUGAACUGGGCCAUGUAAUAUUCCAGUAUGAGGACAGUUUUUCUUCAAAAUAUAACGAAGCUGCCACCUAUUAGUGUGCUGUGUGCACUGUUCUUCAUCGGAACUUGGUGUCAUGAUCCGAAUGUUGGCGUCUUGUUUCCCGUCUUAUUUUAAAGUCCCUGUCUCUUGUGUCCUCUGUUUCCCUGCACUUCCUGUCCCUGUGAUUGUCUCAUGCCAUGCCCUCAGCCACUCUUGUCUCGUUGGUGUCUCAAUCCUGUACUUUUGUGUGUGUCUUGUAACUUAUAGUUAAUGUCUUUGGACAUUUUUGUCAAGUACAGGAGAGCUUUUGUGUUAUUUACUUGGAGUCCUGUCCUGUUCCUCUGCACAUGAGCUCUUGCCUCACCCGAUCCGUGACACUUGGAAGCAACAGCGCUCCAAUAGAAGCCAAACUUCGGAUAGGUUUGAAAUACAUCUUUGCACUAAAUGAAGACUUCAAUCGGAUUGAAGCUCAGUAUAAAAGGAUCACUUCUGAGCCAGAUUGAACAAGUUGACAAAACAUGUUUCAAUGUACACGUGGGAGCCGGAGCAUUAUUUAAAUCCAGACAGAUAUGCUAGAUCCUUAGCUUUUAUGUCGAUGUUUAACCAUUGUUUUCAUCGAGGCAAUGAAAAACUGAUUUUUAGACCAACUGUCAAUAGAGCUAUGUUGUAUAUUGUGGACGGAUGGCUCAUGUUAAUUCUUGGUUCAAGCUGAUGCCAAAUGCAGACUGUGGGAGAUUACUGGACCAAGUCUGAGCCUGCUUUCAUGAAUAUCCAGUUGCAAUCUCAUCAGGGAGGAAUGAUGCAUUUGCAUCACCCAAAAUCAACCAAAUCAUGACAGAACUGUUGUAAAUCAUGUCGCUCAUAAACUAAUAUAGAAAACCA